AUGAUUCUUCUUACAGUUACGAAAGGCAAAUACGAAAACAUGCCCACCAAUCUUGGCGAUCUGCCUCCUGAAUUGGUUCUACAAAUCGCACAGAAGCUAAACACCCAAUCAUUACUCAGACUUGCAAGAAGUUGCUGGGCUUUGUACUGGCUCUUAAUGCCAGAAAUCGGGCAAAGAGCUCAUACUGCCGCUUUCGCACCCUUAGAUCUCUACGAAGAAAACUUUAUCUACGAUCACGGGCAGCGACAUGGGGUGGACGAACCAGUAUUCAGCUUACACGCCUCAUACGGUAUUCCCGCAGGCGAGUUCGGUGCCAGCGACUGGGACGCUCUUGGCAAGGCCGUGGCAGGAGGUGAGCUUGACAAUGCGCGGGGCUUGCUCAAGCACAACUUGGAUCCUAACUCAUACGUCGUUUCUGGGGAGCGUAUGCUCACUUUAGCCGUACAGUCUCGGAAUGUAGAUAUGGUUAGAAUGUUGCUGGAAUUUGGCGCGGACACAUCCAGACUGGAUCUAAUCACGAAUUUAAGCCCGCUUCUACAUGCAGCACGAGGCCAAAAGGAAGAAAUCGUUCGUCUUUUAAUCGAGGCCUCGACAGAUCUGAAUGCAAAUGGGGUUAUGCAGUCAAUCGCAGCAUAUUGUACUCCCGAGACCAUGCAAAUGGCUCUAGCAUAUGGAGGAAACCCGGCAGCUAUCUCACCAGGUGGAUUGACCGUGCUUCAUAGCAUUGCCCGUCACAAUGAUGUCCACCUCUUCAAUCUAGUCCAAAGUGAGCUCCCAGCUGCCAUUCUCAAUGCCCAGAAUGAUGUGGGUCAUACAGCUUUGCAUAUAGUCCUAUCAGACGAAUACUCACCUCUGGCCAUGCCUCUCGCUCGCCAUCCAGAAGUCGACAUGGACAUCCAAGAUAUAUGGGGCUUUACGGUAUUGCACCUGGCCAUCCGAAAUAGACGGUUUGACGUGGCCCAUACGCUUAUUCAAAGGGGCGCUAGUUUCAAUCUCUUGUCUCUCCACGGGGAGAAUUGCCUGCAUCUAGCGGUUGAAUCUGGGUCGGUGCCUAUCACCCGUAUGUUGCUUGAGCGCGGUGCUAAUGGGAUUAGCAAUAUAUCGGAGUUUAGAUCAAUAUUCUCCUGGGCUACGCACCAUGGUGAUCCGGAGAUGGUAGCCUUGUUUAAGCAGCUUGUGCUCGAAUAA